GGAAGUUUGCCCCGUUACGAAAUAUCCGGUUCUGAAGGAAAAAUUCGACCAAAACAUAAGGAGCGAAAGUGACGUGGCUGUGAAGGUGAGAUCUGCUGCGUUGUUUUAAGAUCCGAAAUCAUUCAAGGACAAAAACAGAGGCAGGAAUGUGUUAAGAUGUCGGACACCGAGAGCCAAACGGAUGCCGAAAAGAAGGAAGGGGGCUCUGCUGCUGAUUCCCUGGGGCGGCCACCCUCUACGGCAGACAGUGCCGCUGCGGAGGCUCACGGAGAGAAUGACGGAAAUGCGGCACCAGCCUGGAAGACCCGUAGGAGACCCGAGAACAGAUCUCCCACUGAGCCGGAAGCUGAAUCGCCGGAAUAUGCAGAAGACUACCCACCAGAGCCUGUUAAGACGGUGUCUGAGGGGGGAUGGGGCUACUGGGGGAGUUGGGGUAAAUCCAUCAUCUCCACGGCCUCAGCCACAGUGGCCAGCGUAGGUCAAGGGAUUUCUCAAGUGAUUGAAAAAGCAGAAACUUCGCUCGGCGUACCCAGCCCCACAGAACUCUCAGCACAGCUCCACGAGGAAGACGCCGCAGCAGCAGCAGAAGGUGAAGCUGACCGAGGAGAAGAGAGUGAAAGUGACUCCUCUGUAAUGGGCGGAGCCAUGGGAAUGUUGUCAUCGCUCUCCAGCGUGGUUCACAGCACCGGAAAAACGGUGAUAACUGGCGGUCUGGACGCUUUGGAGUUCAUUGGGAAGAAAACCAUGGACGUUAUCGCAGAAGGCGAUCCGGGAUUUAAAAGAACCAAGGGCCUGAUGAACCGGACGUCCACGCUGUCCCAGGUUCUAAGGGAAGCCAAGGAGAGGGAAGAGAUGCAAACAUCAGACGAGGUUUCCACGGAUACGGAUAAAAAGGCCCAUUACGGAAUGCUGUUUGACGAAUUCCAGGGUCUGUCUCACCUGGAGGCCCUGGAAAUCCUCUCUAGAGAGAGUGAAACCAAGGUCAAGGCCGUGCUGUCCACCCUCUCCGGCCAGGAGCUGGUGCAGUUGAAGGAGGACCUGCAGCUCAUCAGUGCUCCUUUCUCGUUGGUCGAUUUUGAUGAAGAGGAGCUCGAUGACAGAAUAGACGAAGAUGGUUCCGAGUUCGUAACGGAGCUGACGGACGCCCUGGCGGAGCUCCAGAUAGCCGUGUCUGUGGAGAAACUCAGCAAGGCCAGCAGAAACGCGUGUGAGCGCAUCGCCGAGGCAACCGGAAGCUUGUCACGGGAGGAAGGAGGGAACGGGGAGGAGGAGCCGUGUGAGAAAGGAGAUGGAGUGCCAUCCUGCACUGUGGAGGACAUCCACUCGUCAGCCAUCAGGACUCUGGCCGAGCUGACGGCCCGCUCCAUCGAGCACUUCCACAAGGUGGCGGAGCUGGUCCUGCACUGCGACAGCCCCGGGUCUAGCGCUGCGGCCCAGGCCCGCACCCUCUCCCAAAUCACUAUCAUAUUGUGCAAGGAGAUCUCCCUUUUGUCCAAGAAGUUCACAUCCUGUUUGACUACUGUCGGGUCAAAUGAAAAAGGGGAGGUCUUGAAUCCGCUGAUAACAUGCGUGUUUCUGGAGGCCUCCAACAGCGCCUCAUACAUCCAGGACGCUUUCCAGCUACUGCUGCCCGUACUGCAGAUGUCACACAUCCAGAAGAGCGCGGGAUCUUCUCGGCACUGACUGGCUGCGGCGUUUCCACCUGCGGGGACUUGACAGAGGGCCGUCCGUCUGCUCUGUCCUCGUGGCACUAGAACAGCUUAAGAAGUCGAGCUGAAUUCGCAAUCGUGGGACAGAAACUGUAAAUUUUUCAUCGACGGAGUUUAUGCAUUUUUUUUUUUUAUGUAUAGUUGAUGGAGAACCACUUCAAGCAAACAGUCCCAUUUCACUAAUUUUAAAAUUGUUAUAGAAUCGAUGAAUGUGCUUCCUUUUAAUUGCAAUUUGUCUAAUUUGUAACACUUGUAAUGUUUAUAUGAAGCGGUUAAGAUAUCAUGCACCCUCUA